AUGGAAGAGGGAGGGAAGAGCAGAGGGACCCUGAGGGACGAUCUUGGAGCUCUGCUGUCAUCCGGGGUAGCGGCUGAUGUCACCAUCAUGGCAGACAGUGUCUGGCUGCCGGCUCACAGGGUUAUAAUGGCGGCCCGCAGCCCAGUUUUCGCUGCUAUGUUCCGGCACGACCUGCUGGAAGCUGCUAACAACAGCGUCAGCAUCACAGAUAUCAACCAGGAGGUGCUGCGUCAGAUGCUGCAUUUCAUGUACACAGACGAAGCGCCUCUGUUGGAAUGUUUUGGAGCAGAACUGCUCGCUGCGGCGGACAAGUACAAUGUCCCGAGGCUGAAGCAGCAGUGCGAGCAGCAACUGAUUCAAGACUUAUGCAUGGAGAACGCAGCAGACUGCGCUGUCCUUGCAAUGGUGUACUCAUGUGAGAAGCUGAAGGCGGCAGCUAUCAGCUUCAUUAGUUCCCACUGCAAAGAAGUUAUGGCUACAGACAGGUGGGCUAACGCCAUGAGGCAACACACUGAAGACACUGUGAAGAUCUGCCGCUUACUGGGGGAGGCAGAACGUCUCGAGUUAGAAUGCGAGAAUGAGAGUGAAAGAUCAGCAGCGGUGGAAGAUGUCGAGGGCAGACUGGUCAGCGACCUGCUGGUGCUGUUGGAGUCUGGCGAGGGCAGUGACGUGACGCUCAUGGUGGAUGGAGCCUCACUGGCAGCUCACAGAGCAGUGCUGGCAGCGCGUAGCCCCGUCUUAGCCGAGCAGCUCAAGGGCACUCCAGGUGGCACCCUGCGGGUGGAUGGGGUGCGAGAGGAGGAACUGCGUCAAAUCCUGCUCUACAUGUACAGCGACCAGCUGCCGCCGCCAGCUAGCAUCACAGAUAAGCUCCUGGUGCUGGCCGACAGCUAUGCACUUUGUGGCCUGAAGGAGUACUGCGAAGAGCAGUUGGAACACAAAAUUACUAUUGACAGUGCAAUGCUCUUGGCCGUGGUCGCCAUCAAGCACUCCUGCUCCUCAUUGAAGAGGACCUGUGUUGAUUUCAUCAGGACACACAUCUUCCAGGUGAUGGACACAGCUGGUUGGGAUGCAGCAGUACGCGAUGAAGCAGAGGUUGUGCUGCAGAUAACCAAGAGCAUAGCAAGGGCGGUGUUCAACGAUAAAAUUAAAGAAAUACGCACUAACAUCUGUGUAACUGCCAACGUACUGAAAGAACUGUCCAAAUAA